GCUAAAGUGCUAAUUCCUGGAGUAUGUUUCUCUUUAUGCUUCAUGCGGUAUGUGUAUUCACUGUAAAACCAAGUUAGCAUGCGCUUCCGCUUCUUCCUUAAGCCAAGUCCAAAGCAAAAUCUCUUCUGUUACUUCUCCACAACCUCCAUUUCAUCAGCUCCUCUAAUCUCCCCGGCGCUACUCAAACAAUGCAAAUGCCUUCUCCAAGCAAAUCUCAUUCACCAACAAGCCUUAAUCCAAGGCCUAUUCACCCACUUCUCCAUCAAUCUCAUCUCCACUUACUUGGCCCUCAAUGCUCCCUCCUAUUCGCUUUCGCUCCUUCAACGUCUUACCGCUUCUUCCUCAGCCGUCUACUGGUGGAACGCUCUCAUCCGCCGUGCCGUCCGCCUUGGUUUUCUACAUCAGUCCCUCUCUCUUUUCCGUAGAAUGCUAAGGCUUGGAUGGUCACCUGAUCAAUAUACUUACCCUUUUGUUUUCAAGGCCUGUGGCGAGCUUCCUUCCUUUCGCCAUGGCAGUUCUGUUCAUGCUGUUGUUUGGUCUAAUGGGUUUGAAUCCAACGUUUUUGUUUGUAAUGCAGUGGUUACUAUGUAUGGUAGGUGUGGCGCAUUGGAUCAUGCGCGCCAAAUGUUUGAUGAAAUGUAUAAAAGUGAGAUAUUUGAUUUGGUUUCCUGGAAUUCAAUGGUUGCUGCUUAUGUGCAAAGUGGGGAUACGAAGAGUGCACUUGGUUUGUUUCAAAAAAUGUGGGAAAUGGUUGAUGUUGAUAUCCAGCUAGAUGCUGUUAGUCUGGUCAAUGUGCUGCCUGCUUUUGCUUCUAUGGGUUCUUGGUGGUUUGGCAAGCAGGUGCAUGGUUUUGCCGUAAGGAGUGGGUUAUUUGAAGAUGUGUUUGUGGGCAAUUCAUUGGUGGAUAUGUAUGCAAAGUGUGGAAUGAUGCAUGAAGCUUCCAAGGUUUUUGAGCGGAUGCAGAAGAAGGAUGUAGUUUCUUGGAACGCAAUGGUUACUGGAUAUUCUCAUAUUGGUAUGUUUGAGAAUGCUCUAACUUUGUUUGAGCAGAUGAGGGAGGAGAACAUUGAGUUGGAUGUUGUUUCUUGGAGUACGGUCAUUGCAGGAUAUGCACAGAAAGGACUUGGGUAUGAAGCAUUGAAUGUGUUUAGGCAAAUGCAGUCUUGUCACUCGAAGCCAAAUGAGGUUACCCUUGUGUCGCUUCUUUCUGGUUGCGCAUCGGUUGGAGCAUUGAUUCAUGGGAAGGAGACACAUUGUUAUACCAUAAAAUGCAUUUUGAACUAUGACAGGUGUGAUCAGGAUGAACUUUUGGUGAUUAAUGCCAUAAUUGACAUGUACACAAAGUGCAAAAGUAUAAGUGUGGCUCGUGCCAUUUUUGAUUCUGUUGCCCCAAAGGAUAGGAAUGUAGUGACUUGGACUGCUAUGAUUGGUGGAUAUGCCCAACAUGGAGAAGCCAAUGAUUCCUUAGAACUCUUCUCCCAAAUGUUAAAACAAGAUAGAUCAGUGAAGCCAAAUGCUUUUACCAUAUCUUGUUCCUUGAUGGCAUGUGCUCGUUUGGCUGCAUUAAGAUCUGGUAGAGAAAUACAUGCCUAUGUAUUGCGAAAUCAAUAUGAUUCUGAUGUACUUUAUGUUGCCAAUUGCCUAAUAGAUACGUAUUCUAAAUCUGGAGAUAUUGAUGUUGCUAGAGUUGUGUUUGAUAACAUGAAGCAUAAAAAUGCUGUUUCUUGGACAUCCCUAAUAACAGGUUAUGGCAUGCAUGGUCAAGGUGAAGAAGCAGUCAAGGUUUUCGAGGAGAUGAGGAAAGAAGGCCUUCUUCCUGAUGGAAUAACAUUCCUUGUCAUGCUCUAUGCUUGCAGCCAUUCAGGAAUGGUUGAUGAAGGGAUUAAAUACUUCAGUUGCAUGAGCAAGGAGUAUGGAGUUAUUCCUGGAGAGGAACACUAUGCUUGUAUGGUUGAUCUAUUGGGUCGUGCUGGACGCUUAGACAAAGCAAUGAAGCUCAUUGAGGGAAUGCCUAUGAAACCGGGGCAGGUAGUAUGGGUAGCACUGCUUAGUGGUUGUAGGAAACAUGAAAAUGUGAAACUCGGGGAAUUUGCGGCGAAUAAAUUGUUGGAGUUAGAAUCAGAGAAUGAUGGGUCAUAUACAUUGCUAUCGAAUAUAUAUGCCAAUGCCAGGCGUUGGAAAGAUGUGACCCGGAUAAGAUCUUUGAUGAAACAUACAGGAAUUAAGAAGAGACCUGGUUGCAGUUGGGUACAAGGGAAGAAAGGAACUGCAACAUUCUUUGUUGGCGACAGGACUCAUCCACAAUCAGAACGAAUGUAUGCAAUCCUCACAGAAUUAAUUCAACGAAUUAAAGUUCUUGGAUAUGUUCCGGAGACGAGUUUUGCACUCCAUGAUGUGGAUGAUGAAGAGAAAGGUGAUCUUCUUUUUGACCAUAGUGAGAAGUUGGCUCUUGCCUAUGGCAUUUUAACAUCAGCUCCAGGUGAACCUAUCCGAAUCACCAAGAAUUUACGUGUUUGUGGUGAUUGCCAUACUGCCAUUAGUUACAUAUCUAUGAUCAUUCAACAUGAAAUUAUAUUAAGAGACUCCAGCCGCUUCCACCAUUUCAAGAAUGGAUCCUGCUCCUGCAGGAACUAUUGGUGAUGCUGGAAUGUUUGGAUGUACAGUUGAUUUCUCUUUCCUUCCUUUUCAGCAAUGCAAAAGGGACAAGUAUCCUUUUAACUAAAUUUUCAAAUCCACCAUAUGCUCAAUUUUAUUAAUUGAUAAAAUGCACUUUCACCUAUUGUAUUAACCUCAUCCUUUGGCCUCAUUGCCUAUUAGCAAGGGAAGACAAUGCCCUUAUAUAUGUCAAAUCCUUCUCGCUUGAGAGAGGCUUUUCAUGAGCUUCGACCGAAUUGAAUGAGAACCUGUUAGAGUACUGGAUAGAGAAUAUAUAGACCACUGUAUAUAUAUAUAUAUAUAGGGUUGCUUUGAGAAUUCAAUGGAAGUGUACGGAUUCUUUUGCA